GUACCGUAGGUACGCAGUAACCAAAAAUGUCGCCUUGCGGGCAGCCCUCCGCGCCUGCAACAAUGCGUCUAGCGCUGGCAGUCGUCCUGGCCUGCUGCAGCGCGGUCCAUCGCGACUACCAGGGUGCCCCCGUCGUGAUCGGCCUUAGGCUAAACGCCACAGAGGAGCUAAACAUUACAGCGAAGCUGCUGACGUGCCGGGCGGGGGCCGGGACGCCCAACUUCGCGGCGAGUCGUGCGGCCGUCGAGCGGCUGCAUGGCGAGAUGUGGCCCGUGCGGCUGCGCGGGAUGUUCAACGUCGGGUCGCACUACGUGUAUGAAUUAAUGAAGCACCGAGUGCCUGUCACGAUGUUCAACCCGGGAGGUUGGUAUGGACCGGAAGGCUGCUUCCGCUGGAAGCAUAUGCCGCUUAACGUGGACACCGCACGCAAGCGAGGCGCGUGCCGCACCGAGGCGGCGGUGCCCGUUAAUGAAUUGCAUCUCGUCGUUGCGCGCCACCCGCUGUCGUGGCUGCUUUCGAUGCGCGGAGCGUCGUAUUCAUUUCGUUGUGUGUGUCAAUCAAAUUCAUCUAUCACAGGAUGCUGGGAGGCGGGCUGCUCGAAGUCGGAGAUCGACCACAGGAACUGCAUGGCGGUGCCCAAGCCGCGAAAUGGUCCAGGGGCAAAUUCGACGCUGAGCGUCGCGGCGAUGCUGCGCGGCCCCUGCGAGCUCUUCAGCACGGACGGGCACUUCGGGCCCCUGCGCGUGGCUUAUGAUGGCGCGUUCGAGCUGUGGAAUAGAUUUUACGGGGACUUUGUGGACCUCGCCGCCGCGUCGCCGAACGUGCUCGUGCUGCGGUACGAGGACAUCCUGCGCAACGAAACCGGCGCCAUCCGCGAGAUCGCCGCGCGCGCGCGCUGUGCCCUCGACGCGAAGUUCGCCCAGACCUCGGGCAAGAGCCUCGUCCCGCGGAAGGUCGGGCCGCAGGUGGCGCACGGGGACCUGCCCUCGAAGGCGGUGCAGCUGAAUCAGGCCUGGCGCGCCUCUUGGUCGCAAGCCGAGCUUCGCACGGCGUGCCGCCUCUUCGACGCGCGAGUGAUGGCACGGCUGCGAUACACGUGCGAUGACGCAAACGUAUCCGCCGACUCGGGCCGCCCGCCGCACGCGCGGUGUGACGAGACGGUGCAAAAGCUCGCCGCGCUCGCGCUCGAGGCGGGGGCCGAGCCGGCGGCGGUGCGAGCCGUGACGGGGUAAGCCAGAGGCGUAGUGGUCCGUACACAUGCGUGCGUGGGCCGGAAGCUAGCGGUACAGAGCAGCAUCCCGACGCAAAAACCAUGAGUUUUUCCGGACUCCGAGACCGCCACGGCCGCGGCCAAGCAGAUUCCCUUCCCCCCGCACCUCUGUAUUCGACGUCGGAGCUCCGGUCGGGGCCGGGCCGCCGUUGCUGCCCCUGGCCGAGGGCGCGGCGCCGGCGGCCGGGCUGGCGCCCGGGCGCGUCCCUCCGAGUAGGGCGCCGCUACCCCGCUGCGGCCCCCGAUGCGCCACCGGCGCUCGUUUCGCGCAUACCUAGUAUGUGCGAUCACCGAGUCCGGCCACUCACCGGAGCAGAUCCAGGCGCUAUGCCGCUGGACUACACUAGGGCCCACCCCACGUCGGGUAUAUCUUCCACCCAGUAGUAUAUGACUUGUAGCCG